AUGGGAAAAUGGGAGUUGACAAUGAACCCGGUCCAGGAGUGGGGUGAGGAAUUCGAGGCUGGUGCAGUUUAUGGGAUCACGCUGCACCGGGUGCCCGUACCCUCUUCGCCUGAUCCGAGCUUGAAUCCAUCAUGUGGUUUCGUCCAGUACCGAACCAACAAAGUGCGCCGUCUGAAGGCUGCCAGUCUGCAAAUGCUCGUGAGUCACCUCCUCGACCCAGACUGUCUGGAACAAGACUACGGCAGGAUCUUCCUCUCCACAUACAGAACCUUCACCAGUACAGAAAAGCUGAUAGAGCUCAUCUUCCAAAGAGACAGUGCAGCGCCUGAAUUGGAUGACAGUGGAUACAACCAGGGACCUUUGUUGCACCUUAUCCAAACAUGGUUAGAUGAAUACAGUGAAGACCUCAGGGAUCCUCCUCUGCACAGUGGGCUGCGCCUUCUUUUGGAUCACCUUAGGAUCAGUUCUGCCAUACAUGACCAACUGCACCGUCAGCCCAACUUCUGCUCAUUGGCGGGGCAAAGUGAAAACCUGCUUAGGAGGUUUCAGAGAGAAGCAUCUGAGACAGGUGUGAGUCCGGUUCAAACAGAUGUCCAAAGAAAUGAGCGGCUUUCAGGUGGUGAGGAUUCAGGAUAUGAACACAUACAAGAUCAAGUUGGCAUUAUGGAUUUCUCUGCAAAAGCCAUAGCAGAGCAGCUCACCCGCGUGGAUUCUGCUUUGUUUGUCAAAGUAGCUCCUUACCAGUGUUUGGGCUGCAUUUGGUCACAAAGAGACAAGAAGGACAACAUGUCCCCAACCAUCAGGGCCACCAUCACACAGUUUAAUUUCAUUACCAACAUGGUUAUUGUAUCACUGCUCUGCCGCUCUGUGUGUGCCACCUUCAUUACUACACCAGUGCAACGAGCUCGGAUGGUGGAGAAGUGGAUUAGGGUAGCACAGGAAUGUCACCGUUUGAAGAACUUUUCCUCUGUCAGGGCAAUACUGUCCGCCCUUCAGUCCAAUGCCAUCUAUAGACUGAGAAAGACUUGGGCUGCAGUGAACAGGGAUGCCAUGGUUACAUUUGAUAACCUCUGUGAAAACUUCCCUGAUGAAAACUGCCUCCUGACCAACAGAGAACUCUUAGUGGAGAAUAUUUCCAGUGGAGUGGUGCCUUACUUGGGCACCUAUCUGACCGUCCUGACCAUGCUUGACACAGCCCUGCCAGACACAGUGGAGGGUGGACUCAUAAACUUCGAGAAGAGGAGGAGGGAGUUUGAGGUUCUUUCACAAAUCCGUGUACUACAAGUGUCCUGUGCUCAGUUCAAUCUGCAUCGUGACCCCAGCAUUGUUGCUUGGAUGGAAGGACAUAAACUGCUCACGGACCAAGAAAGUUAUGAACAUUCAAGACAGUUGGAGCCGCCAGUGGAUGUGUGUUCACCAACCCCCUGGAGCCAAAGAACACUCACUAAGAAACUUUCCUUUCUUCUGACAAUGAGUGAUGGAUCCAAAAAGCUUCCAGCAGACCAAAUCAGUGUUUCUUCUUCAGGAUCUAGUGGUUCGGAGUUGGAAGAUCUUUCUUCUCCGAACUCUGCUUGUUCCAUCAGACUGCAGGCCUUUCACAGCUCUUGCAACAAUGUGUCAGAGGUCUUCUCUUCAUCUUCCUCAUCCUCCUCUUCAUCAUCAUCUCCUUGCUCCUUGGCCGCAUCUUCUCCAGACUCCCAAAGUCCCUCUGGCUCGUCUUCAGACUCUCUGUGCUCCUCAGCCAGUAGCUGUGCGAGUACUAUGCCCUCAACGGCUUCCCACCACAAGCGCUGUGUAUCUAUGACCUCCCUGCCGGUCUACAACCGCCAGAGCGCUGACUGCUGCAUCGUGAGGGUCAGCGUGGACCUGGGUCACAACAAUGGAAACAUGUACAAGAGUGUCUUGUUGACCAGCCAGGACAAAACUGCACAUGUGAUUCAGCGGGCUUUAGAGAAGCAUCACCUAGACCACAUGAACUGGCAAGAAUUCACUCUUACACAGAUCAUCUCACAGGAGAGAGAGUUGCUAAUACCAGACAAAGCAAACGUUUUCUACGCUAUGUCCACCACUGCAAACUUUGAUUUUGUCCUGCGUCGGUUCCACAAAGGCCAGAAGAAACCACUAAGAGCCACUUCCAGUCUUGGGCGGUACACCAAAUAG